AUGUCGGAAACUCAUCCGCCACCAGGACUAGAGCCAGCGACCGGUAUCAAUGGUGCAUUACCCGUAGCGACUAACGGCACCUUUUCAUUGCAAAAUAUUCUUAGUGAAAACCAUGACGAGAUUGAACACCCUGGGACAGAAUGCACCGAAUCAGGCACCGGCUGGGACGAAGAAGACGCAGAAAAGCCCCUCGUAGAUGGCUUUUGUGUUGAAUGUGAAGAUCAGCCUGCAGAGGUGUUAUGCGAGACUUGCACCGAUAUCUACUGCGAAGUUUGCUACGCUGCACAGCAUCGAAAAGGAUCAAGAAAACAACAUGUUGUGAAGCCUCUGUCUAUCAAAAAGGCGAAGAUGAAAGGUUCAACUAAGGAGUCUGAGCCUUCAGAAAAGAUGAAAGUAGAUGGUAUAGAAAAUGCGGAUUCAGACGACGAAGAAUGGGAACGUGUCUCUAGUACGAUCAUUGAAGUCCAGGGUGCUCAGCCAGCUGUCGGCGCCCACGUCGGUGAAUGGUUUGUGGAGCGAGCCAAGUUCAUUCCAUUGCGAUUAACGCUUCCCGAGCGCAAAUAUCUCCGGCUUUUGGAGGCAGCUCUGACGGUGUCUGAAUACACGGACAAAAUUGAUACUCUAGGGUUCGGACUUUCAAAGGCCAAAAGGAUUGUCUUCCAAAUCCGCGAGCUUUGUGCUAUCAUGUCAGGCUUGAUGAUCUCAGCCGAUUAUAAGCGAGGUCAAGAGCUAUUCACCGACCGCGAUUUCCAAGCAAAUGCCGAAUUUUAUCAGACUGUUUUUGAGCUCGGGCGUCGCCACAAAAUCAUGAAUCCAGACAAGAUGCGGACGACAUAUGGAAAGCUGAUUUAUAUGCUCCAGGAUAGUCAAAUGCCGGAGGUCAAGGAUCUGUUGAACUUUUCUUGUGUAAUGCCAAUCAAAACUGUUUAUGUUGUCUUGGAAGAGCAUGAUGCUACGGACCUCCUUCGGGAUGACCUUAUCACAGUUGCGACAAAAGAAAUCUAUUCUGAAGGUCGCCCUCGACGCGACAUUCAGAAAGAUAUCAAGAACAAGGAGCGUGCUAUUGAAACUCUUUCAAGUCGCUAUGCGCGCAAUGGUCUUACACAGGAGAAGGUCAAGCAAUGUCUUUACUCAAUUGGAGACAAUCAUGCGUUCUUGCGUGCCAAUCGCGAUCCUUGUGAAAGAAUGAUAAACUAUCUAAAAGAGUAUUUCCAUCCUACUCAAGCUAAGGAGCCACAUACAAGCCUUGCAAUUCGAAGUGGGAAGGGGGGUGCUCGCUUGUCCCAUGAUCACAGCAAGCAAUACGCAUAUGUUCUACAAAGCUUGACCCUAUGGCGCGAGAUUUUGCAUGACAUGUUCCAUCUGUGGUCGUUGGCUGAGCAGGACUUAUUGUCUGAAAAUGUCCCCUAUCGUUUGCGAGAUACAGGGCAAGGGCUUAAUCGCGUCCAGGCCGCUCCAAAAACGUCUCGAAUGAUGCAUACAAUACUGCAUAAAGCCCAAAAAAGCGUUGGAACAUGGAUUGGAUCAAGUGUCAUUCAUAUGGGAGACCACAAUGUUCCGAACGCUCUACUCUUCAUUGACAAAUAUACCCAGAUUUAUCGUAUCCUUUUACCAAUAUGCAACACCCUUUCACAGAUCCCGACAUUGUCGACAAAACCUGCUAUACACUCGUAUAUCGAUGCUGAGUUCGGAUCUGUUGAUAAUUGCAUCCGUGAAAUAUUAGGCGACUUCUUCAGACACGGAUUUGAUGGAUCUGGCGCCGAUAAUUUCUUUGACGCAGGAAGCUGUAUAGACGGUCGUUUGACAAGUGCCUGGAAUUGGUGCUCUUCUCUAGAAAAGAAACGAUACUUUCCAAUAUUUUUACUUUCGGGUUUCAUUGGUUUCGACGGGGAAUGGUAG